CCUAUAUAUGUGCUACAGUGUCACCUAUAUUUCUCCAUGCAACAAGAGUGACCAAUGGGGAGAGCUCCUUGUUGUGAGAAAGUAGGGUUAAAGAAAGGAAGAUGGACUGCUGAAGAAGAUAAGAUCUUGACUGAUUAUAUUCAACAAAAUGGUGAAGGAUCUUGGAGGUUCUUGCCUAAGAAAGCAGGUUUGUUAAGGUGUGGGAAAAGUUGCAGACUAAGAUGGAUAAACUAUUUGAGAGCAGAUGUGAAGAGAGGGAACAUAGCUCCUCAUGAAGAAGAAAUCAUUGUCAAGUUGCAUGCUGUUCUUGGAAAUAGGUGGUCAGUAAUAGCAUCACAUUUACCGGGACGAACCGAUAACGAGAUAAAGAAUUACUGGAACUCUCAUUUAAGAAGAAAAAUUUACUGCUUCAUGAGAUCCAUAAAUGAGUCACCACCACCACCACUUGACAUGGCAUCUACAUCCAAAAAAAGAAAACAAGACAAAAACAACAAACCAACCCUAGAAGAAGACAACAACAUGGCUUUGACUCAUCAUCAAAAUUCCCUUGAUUCAAUAUCUAAAGACACAACAACUUUAGAAGGAAUUUCAAUGAAUAAUAAUAAUAUUCUUCAUGGUAACAUUAAUAAUACGGUUGCAUCAUACCCCAUCAAGAAUAUUGAUGAUAAUUUGGGACCAUAUAAAUGGCUAGACGAUGAAAUUAUGAAACUUCGUAACAUGUUUGAGAAUGGGGUAGGGAAUUAUGUUACUAGUAUGCAUGGUGAUGAGAAGGAUGAAAAGGGUAAUGAGUGUGAUUAUAGGAAGAUGCAUGUGGAAAUAAUGGAAACAAAUAUGGAAAGGAAAAGUGGAGUUUGGGAAGCAUCGUAUAAUGGAGAGAAUAAUAAAGAGUUGUACAAUUGUUUUUCGACAUCGGCGAAUUUUGCUACGGAUUUUGAUCAAUUGUCUGAUUGGGACUUUUGUCAUGAAGACAAAAUGAAGAGUUCGUUGUGGGGGACUGGCAUUGGUGAAAUCAUGAAUGGUUUUUAUUGGUGAUUAUUACUUGUUUGAAUUUAUGAAAAUGUAAUUGUUUGUGUGUGUGAGAAAUUUGUAUAAUUUUAUUUACUAGCAUUUUGAUUACUAUUAUUAUUUUUAUUUUUAUCUUAGAAAGGUAUAUCAAUAAUGGCUAAUAAUUUACAACCAUGCUAG